AUGAUUUGUAGUGAUCAUCCACCAGCAUCCUUUGCACAAUAUCGAAUAUGGUCCGAACAUCAAAGGGAUGCCGAUACUGAUCAAUCAUCUUUAACGAUCCAUAAUAUGCCAUUUUGUUAUCACCUCUACACAGGAGAUAUUCUGUCUGUAAAACAACUUCGUCACGCUUUUCGACUCGUUAUAACCAAACAUGAAUCACUUCAUACAUCACUCAUCUACGAUUCUAACGAAAAUUUGCUUACACAGAGAGUCCUUAGUCAACAAGAGAUCGAUAAUGACAUGUUUACAAUUACUGAAAGCAUUUAUGAAACAGAUGAACAACUCAGUGCUAUCAUCAAAAAUGAGAAAUGUAAUCCGCAACUUUUCGACCUCUCUGAAGGUAUUGUCUUUCGAUGUCAUCUUGUUUACUAUAAACAAAUGUCUUCAAAUAACAUCCUUUCCGAUAAAGAUAUAAUUAUCUUCAAUUUUCAUCAUGCUUUCUUUGAUUAUCCAUCAAUGAAUAUAUUUCUUCAUGAUCUUGAUCAAGCUUAUAAAACAGGUCAGCUAACAACUGAUAAUAAUACUACUCUACGUUAUAUCGAUUUUGCUCUUAUUGAACAGCAAAUGUCAAUGACUGGUGCAAGUAUGUUUUGGCUAGAUACACUCUAUAAUUGUUAUCUCGGUCAAUCCGUACCAUUACCAUAUGAUCGAUAUCGUCUCUCUAAUGAACAUCAAACUAGUCAUACAACAUCCAUUUCUUUUGAUUUCGGGCUAGAUCUUUCCCAUCAUUUUCUCACAUAUGCAUCAUCAAACAAUAUCAAACAUGAACAUGUAGCACUUGCUAUUUACUUCAUCUUCUUAUUCAAAUUAACGAAUGGAGAAAAAGAUUUAUGUAUUGCAAUGAAUAUCGACAACCGUUAUAGCGACGAACUAAAAUCAAUCAUUGGGCUGUUUGAGAAUAUCAUUCCAUUACGAUGUCAACUAGAUCCUCAUUGGUCUGUUCAUUAUCUACUCGAUUAUGUCCAAGAGAUAACAACCAGUAGUAUGAAAUAUUCCUAUCUUCCUCUUCAACAUAUUCUCAAUCAACAUCCAAACGUUUCAAAACCUGCAUUUCUUGAUAUAUCAUUUCAGUUUCUAUCAUCUAUGACAAGAAGUGACAAUAAACUAAUAAUGAUUGGUGAUAGUCAACUUUCUUCCGUACCUUCCACGAUGAAUAUUAAUGAUAAUGUGAUUGCAGAUAAGUAUGAUUUCUCACUUCUAAUCCAACAUGAUCUCAAUAUCAAUCAAUUAUCAUGCACAAUCAAUGCAUCACUUGAUUUGUUCAAUGUAGAAACAAUUGAUAAGGUAUCUCAACGAUUUCAUUCAAUCUUGAAACAAUUCUUUACAUCUGUUGAUGAUCAAGUGAAUGAACCAAUCUAUGAAAUAUCAUUAAUAGUACCAAAUGAAAGAUUACUCAUGCAAUCAAUGAACAA